CCCCAUGUUUUCCUCCUCCUCUCCUUGUGCGCACCAGGCUCUCCCACCCUCGGCUCUUCUAUUCGCUCACUGCGCUCUCAUCCUCGGUGCGGCUUGUGUCUCUGCCUACUCCUGUGUGUAAGAGCGCACCGAUGGAUAUGUAAAGUGAUGCACUCCUGAAAAACGCGAAAUCUGAGCCUGCAAAUGCCUUUCUGAAAAACGUAUAGAUGCGCAGCAGAGAGCGCGCGUUGGAGAGCAGUUCGUUAGAUUAAGUCAAGUUCAUUCCACAAAGAUUGCUUUUAUUCUGCGCGUUUUUUUUUUUGUUUGGAUGAUGAUAUGUUAAUGAAGAUGUUCAUCAGCGCGGAUGACGGUGCGUUGCUAUUUGGAUGUAUGUUUCUGGACUUUUCAGCAUAUCAUGACCGUGCGCCUUUUUUCCUCUCUCCAAGUCUUUUCGUUUCUGCGUGAAGUUGAACGGAGGAGAAAGCACGAUGAGAGGGAAAUACUUUCUCCUCGGCUUCUUGUUGCUCAAACUUAUGGCUCUUGUGUGCAAGGCUGACGGGGAGCCAGGACUGCUCGGAGGAUUCGUAAUGAUCGCCACCUCCAACGGCUCCAGGGAGGAGGAGAGCGUGUCCGAGGAGACCCCGCACACGGAGGACAAAUGUCGAGGUUACUACGACGUGAUGGGCCAGUGGGACCCGCCGUUCAUCUGCAAAACGGGCAAUUAUCUGUACUGCUGCGGCACCUGUGGCUUCCGCUUCUGCUGCUCCUACAAGCACUCGCGGCUGGACCAGAGCACCUGUAAAAAUUAUGACACUCCGGUGUGGAUGAAGACCGGACAGACUCCCUACAAAAAAAUUAACAAGAUGCACGACAGCACCAAAGACAAGACGAACUUAAUUGUUUACAUCAUAUGUGGAGUAGUGGCCAUUAUGGCUCUUGUGGGGAUUUUCACUAAAUUGGGGCUGGAAAAGGCGCACCGGCCUCAGAGAGAGAACAUGUCCAGGGCCGUCGCCAGUGUGCUGCAGGGCGGGUGUCCAGGUGAGCAGUAUCGGGAGGAGGAGGCCCUAGGGAUGCAUUCACAGCACUAUGUUUCCAGGGCCACAAACCUCCAGGGUGGUCAGAUCAACAACAACGUGGGACCAGGCUCAAACAUGGGCCAGCAGCACCCGUACCCUUCCCUCAGCCAGCUGGCUCAUGUCUACGAACAGCAGCAACAGCAACAGCAACAGCAACAGCAACAGCAACAACAGCAGCAGCAGCAGCAGCAGCAAAACAAGGAUAUCAACAAGUACGCCUCCCUGAAGGCUGUGGCUGCCAAGUACAACGGUGAAAUCUACAAGCGUCGGCUGAUGGUGGAGCUGCCAACGAAGGGUGGGCUUCCUCUCCAGCCCAUGGGCAACUCCAGACCCUCCAUGGGAAACAUGUCGUCAAUGACUCCUCCGAUGACUGCCAACCCCAUGGCUUCUAACCCAAUGACCUCCAAUCCCAUGAACCCCACCAUCACCCAGAUGACCUCCAUGACCCCAAUGACGUCAAUGAUGCCCAUGACCUCUAGGACACCCAUGACUUCCCUCACUCAGAUGUCCUCCAUGACCCCUAUGACCUCCCUGGGUCCACUGACUCCUGAGCCAGUGGCCACCUAUGUCACUGAGAUGCCCAGCAUCUCCUCCGUCUCAACCCUCCCAACUGAACGGCACAUAGCUGGUGGUGGAGGAGGAGGGGGACACAAGCCAAAUGGCCAGAAACCCAAAGGCAGCCAUGGUCACAUUGCCCACAGCUCUCACAGCUCUCACACUCAUGCUCACAGCCACAGUAGCAAGCCGCCAGGACUCGGGGCUACCUCCCUGGCACACAUGGCGGGGACCAUGCCAGGUGGCAUGUCCCUGGGCAUCUCCAGGGCCGCAGAGACCGCCAUUGGCUCCAGCUCGGCUACAAUGGGCCGCCCAUUGGCGUACAGUUCUAACACAAUCGCAGCUGGGCAUACAAUGGGGCUGGGGCUGAAGGGCUGGGAUGGGACUGAGACGGUGGGCCGGAGGAAGACCUACGGGCACAAGAGGCCUCAGUGUACCGUGCUGGAGCCAAACCAGCUCCACAGCACCAGAAACCACAGCCACAGCCACCACUUCCUCCCCACACAGCCCUACUUUGUGACCAACAGCAAGACAGAGGUGACUGUGUGAGAGAGGAAGAAAGGGAGAAAAAGAGGGAGAAUGGAUGCAUGUGGAGUGGUGGCACAAGUAAUCUCUGAGUUGAGACACCAACUCCUGGGGUGGUCAAAGUUGCAGAUCUAUGUGUGUGUUUGUGUGGCUCGUUGGUAUACUGGUGAAUGUGGUGGGACAGUGACACUGUGUCUGAGUGGUCCUCGUUUCAAACAGAGUUCACCAAUCAAAUCACUGAACAGACCUUUGUUGUCAAGAGGUUGGUGGCAUCUGUAACCAUAACUUCAAAAAGCCUACAGAGCAGGGAUGUCUGUCCACUUGUGAUGAUAUUAGAGUGUUAUCUAACAGCUAAUAUCUACUCGGUAAUAAUAACAAUAUCUGAGUAUUACAGUGCAACUACAUACAAAGGAUAAAGUGGGAAACUGCAGAUAAUGAAAUGGAUUGGCGUAACAAACCAAAUCUGAGAAGCAAUAUACAGGAUCAAGUGUAAAGCGCCGAAGUGUCAUGUGAAAGAAGAAAUACAGCGGGUUUACCCACAAACCUCGCAACAAGACUUCUGCUCAUCUGCCCAACAAAGCGUCAAAUGGUAUGGAAGAAAAAAACAUUCCCUUAUGAUUCACCCCCAAAUCUCCUGAGGGCUUUCAAAAAGGCACACAUGAUGAGGGCGCUGGGCUUUGGACUGCAGACAUGCAGGGCUUUGUACUGUGGCUAUUCAGAAGCACCUUCAUAAGCUCUGCAACUGAAGGUCGCCCUUCCUUUUCCACAUGGCUCUAGCACAGAGAAUGGAGGCUGUCACACUGGCAUUGUUCUGGUCUGAUCUUGUCUGUGUGGUGACAGCUGGCCCAGAGGAGGGCUAAGGAGGCAGGGAGGCAGCAUCUGGAUGUUGCUGCAGCUAGCGGAGGCUCCUCGGAGCACGAUUCUCGUACACACACACACACACACACACAACUCCACACAUUCAUGCACAUGCAGACACGUUUUCCCUCUCUCUCUCUUUCUCUCUCUCUCUCUCUCUCUCUCACACACACACACACACACACACACACACAAACAUAUACUGUAGAAAUACUGCACACCAGGGUUUGACCAAUUUAAGUUUUUAAAGAAUGAUACCAAUAAUUAUAGAAUUAAGUUACAGAUGGCUGAUAAUUUAGUUUAAUUUCUGCAUUUUUGUUACCUUUAAAUUUGCAUUUCAAAAACUCAAUUCAGUGUUUCCCCAAAAUGAUAUUCUUGUCAGUAAAUUUAGACCAUCACAGUACUCUAAAACUCUUAAAUUAAUCCCCCACCUCAUCCAAUCUAUGACAGGGUACAGUUUGGGACGCAUAAAUACUUUUAAAUUAGAAAACUAUUUACAAAAGGGUUGCACAUUUAAAUGAAUGGCUUAACAUUUUCAGAAAUACUUGUAUUCACUUUCUUGCCAAGAGUUAGAUGAGAAGAUUGAUACCAUUUUUACAUCUGCGCGUUAAACAUGAAGCUACAGCCAGCAGUCGGUUAGCUUAGCUUAGCACAAAGACUGGAAACAGGGUGAAACAGCUAGCUUGACUCUCUCCAGUAGUACAAUAACAGAAUCUGCCUACAAGCACCUCAAAAGCUCACUAAUUAAUAUGUUAUAUCUAGUUUAUGUAAUCCAAACAAUGUGUAAAAACAACACUUUGUUGGGAGGUUAUGUGCCAGACUAUUUCUUUGCCAGGGAAAGUAACUUCCUGAAGUCUUAUUGUCAGGUUGUCAGGCAACAAAAUGUCAAACUAUUUCUUUAAAAUAAUUUUAAAAAAUGUGCAAACAAUAAAUCUGUUUUAAUGUAGCUGUGGUCAGGAAUUGCCUUGAUCAUACUGGAAGUGGACAAAAUGACUUAUUAAAUGAAAAAUGUAAAUAAGUUUAAGGCGAAACACAGAGCACAUAUAAAGUAUGGGUCAACUAGGCAACUAUACGCCUAACAUAUUUCAUUAGGUGGACCUAAUGUAAGCUUUGGCUUCUCAACAUUUUAUCUGUGCACAGAUUUUGCAUAGGAUGUUAUACUUCUCUAGUUUUAGACAAAAGCAAGAAACUACAGUGAAAAGUGGGUGUGUCAGGAAUAAAAAAUACCACAAUUUUUUGCUGGUAAUGGAAAGACACUGCCACAAGAAACUAGGCUUGAUUAGAUCACUCACUGUACUCAAGCUCUAGCUAAAAAAAAACAUCAAAACCAGCAGGGAAAAAAACUAUCUGGGUUACAUGACUCAGACAUAAAAAUAAAUCCUUAAGUCUAACAAAUAAGCCAAAUCUUCUAAGGGCUUCUCCGAGCCUAUUUGGUUGUUUUGUAAUGAUGUGAGACUUAUUAGCAGCUGCAGCCACAGUUAUCAUUUUGACCUUGUUAUCUACAGUGCUGCUUCCACCUCUAAGACCCUUGGGAUUAAGAUGCAUGUUUAAGUGAUCAGAUUGUAAUCAGACAAUGUUUAGCCAAAUUCAAAUAAAAAUUAGAAUGCGCCUAAGACACAGUGAGGACGGAUUAUAAUUGAAUUGCUUAAAUCAUCUCUGGAGGUGGUCAGAGAAGCAUUUGGCUUAAGUGUAAAUGCAGUUAUGUCUUGGAAAUGUGUGUGCAGAAAAAGGCGAUGGGCAGUAUCACACUAACAACAACAGAUAGUCAAGACAUUUUUGGAUAGAGAACAAGCAAAACAAGGUGUUAAUUUUAAAGAUUGUAAAUAUAAUAGGAAGAGGUGCACAUGACAAUCUGUGUAGAGAAAAAGACAGUGGAUUUCAGUGUGACACAUUUUAUUGGAAUACUACAGCUUCUAAAUCAAAAGCCAGAUGAAAAUAACUAAUCCAGCGUAAGAUAAGGGGUCUACAGGAGGGGAUAUUUUUGCUUCAUGCUGUGGAACCCCUGCUGCCUUGAGGUUCACAUGUGAGACCAAAUUGAAGGCAUGGAACUGGAUUUAAGAAGUCAUCAGAGCGUUAAAAUGUGGCACCUAUACAAUCACACCUAACACACACACACACACACACACACACACACACAUGCACAGGAAUACAUUACAGGGUGGACUCUGCUUUCCUUCUGCUCCCACAGUGCCGAGCGGCAGGCUCCAUCACAGCAGGGAGACAAAGAGUCAGUACUGUUACUGCGCCUGUUGUACAUGAAAGACUGUGAAACUCCAGACCUUGGCCCUUUGUAGCGAUAACUGAUAUUAUGCUUUUUAUAUAUAAAAAUAUACAUAGCCUUUCUCUCUUAAUCUCUUUCUUUUCAUCUUUUCUUCUUCUUCACUUCUUUUCACUCUUUUUUUCUUCUUCUUUGCUCCCUCUUUGUCUGAAUGGAAGACCUACAAAGCAGAAAUAUCUGCGAGAAACAAAAACGGGGCUGUGAUGAAUCUUUUCUGUGAUAGUGGAGUACAGUCAUGAUGAGACAGUGAAUAAUAAUAAUUCACCCCCACCUUGAAAGGCAUGAUUGAUUGGUUUCCCCUUGUGCAUUGUUCUAGCAGGAAAUAUAAGUGGUUGACUCUGUGUGCCAAAAAAUGUAAUUCAGUUUGCAAUUUUGUACCAUUGUCCUCUUGAACACUGCGCACAUUUCACUCUUUAUAACUUUCUGUAUGUCUGUGUGUGUGUGUGUGAAUCCAACUUAUUGUCUCUGAAGAAGUCAAAACUCAAACAAACAAACCAAACAAAGUGAAUCAUAUAUAAAUGGUGUUCACAAUCCCAUAAACCUAUUUGUGUCCCAUGAGAAUCCUUUGCAAAUUGUGUUGUUUUUUCCCCUCCUUCUUCUAUUUAUUUCCUCCUUUUCUUGACAGCAGGUGAUUUUGUUUGUGACAGAGUUGAGAAGCAGGUCAAUGUUUGUUCAGGAUGUGCAUUAUCGGAUCAAAUUGACUUAAUUCAGCAAGGUGGAAAUGUGGAAAUAUAUACCCUCCUUGCCACCCCAUACUGCUCCAUCCUUAAAGCCCAUUCAGCUCUGCAAAAGCAGCCACUGUAAUAAUCGGCAAGCAGGCAGGGUAGUUGAAACAGUUGGUAAACAAAAAAAAACCCUCAUCCCUCACCGUAACAGCCAAAAUAAGCCUGAUAGAAAGUGGUGAAUUGGUUGCGCUGGCUGGGACACAGUUGAUAGGGUCAGGGCCACAGAUGAGUGGGUUCAGGAGGCAGUCAUGUCUGACAUUUUUCAUCAGAAGAGCAGGCUCAGUAACAGAGUCAAUAGGAGCUCAGGAACAGUGAGUGUUCAUCAUUUAUUGAAACCAUAAUCUGUGAGAUUCUUGUUUUUCAAAAUUUUGACAACACAAUUUUGGUGAUAAAAUGCAGUGUUUGUACUUAUUGUCAGUACUGGCUGAACAUACUGUAAUAAUAAAGACAUUCAGUACAUUCAGAAACUGUAAAGAAAAAGAGGUAAAGGUGAAUUCUUCAUCAUUUAUCCUUCUCAUUUUGGAGUGCUUUCUGAAUUUGAAGGACAAUUUUAUAGAUCACAGAUGGUUACUUUUCCUUCCAGAGCAAUUAAUCAGCUUUACCUCGCUUGAGUUUCUGUACCUUCUGACUGUUUUUUUUUUAAUGGUCGUUGCUUAUGCCAACUACCCACUUUUUCUGCACAUUUUUCUGAGAAAGACACCCUUAUUUUCAAAAGUGAUUUUGGAAUGGCUCAGUCACUGCAAAAGUUCACGGUGAAAUCAGUUCCUUUCAAUGCCAUUGAUCAGUGGAUUCGCUCAUGAAGGUAAAGUAAAUGAACAAAAAAAUUUCGUGUUCACUUUAACUGGUCAACUUUGCGAUGUGAAUUUGCGCUGUUGAUCAAUAGCAAGCCCUCAAAGCCGGUGAGUCGAAAAUGGAGGAAGCUAUCAUUGCUUAGCUUAGCUGGAGAGUAUAAAGUAUAAACUGCUCCACAGUAUGUGCUACCAUGUCCCUGGCUGGCUAGUUAUGAUAGUUUAACAACUAGCCCUGUGAGAAGUCAUUAUGUCACCAAACUUCUAGAACAAAAUAUUUUGCUGUGUCACUUCCUGGUGUGACCAGGCCUUUAGUAAAUCAAAAAUUCACUCACCAGCUGACCAUUCUGUAGUAACUGACAUCUUGCAGUAUAGUGCCAGUGAUCACUUUCACCUCUUAGUGUCUUACUACCUACCAUUACACUGCCAAAUGAGUUCCAAAUUUAGGGAUGACCACUCAGUGUGAACUUAUUGCUCCAAACCAUUAAGGUCCUGAUUGCCCUGUAGGUGCACUGCCUGCUACAGCUCAAAAGGUUUUGCUUUAUUAUUUUUUUUCUUGUUGUCUGAAUGGAAGUCAAAUGAAGAGUGGAGGUGCAAUUGGCCUAAUUAUAGAAAUCAGACCCAAGUUAGGCUGGAGCGGUUUACCGGCACACUGAUCAGCAACAGAGGCAGGAGCAAGAAUCAGGCCAGAUGAGCAUGCGGCCUGAAGUUACGUGGUGUCAAUGCUUCUUUCUGAAUACUCUUUGGCCUUGUUACCUGGUGUUAAUAACUAAUAUUAUAUUGUGUUUUUCACCGAUGCAGUAUUUUGACUUUACACCCAUCUUUCAUCAAGUGAGACAUUAAUAGUCAGUUUAUUUAAUCAAAGUAAUUUCUGAUGUCUGGCAAGGACACACUGCAUGUCAAAGUAAGUAACAAAUUGAAACAUAAACUGCAGUGAGCGCUAUAUUCAGAGACCUCGCCAGCCUUGGAUCUUUUUCCUCCUUUGUCCCUUUGAAUUGUUUUAUCGCAUCAUAGACCAGGUACCUUGGUACCACAAACUAUCUAGCUUGAGCUACGUGCAGUUUGUUGAUGUCACGCUACAUGAUUUUUGAACCCACCCCUUUUUGCACAGGUGCCCCAACCAACCAGUAAGAGUCACUAGUGCACCAACAAUGAUCCCUGACUGGCUUCCCACACGCAAAAAAACUGCCAAUUGUGCUCAGAAUUUGAAUCCAGGUCUCUGCAACAGAAUUUUUCAGCCCUGCAUCACCUGAGCCACCAAGCUACAUGACUCACCUCUCAUAGCCAUGUAAACACCACUGUGCUCAUUUUUGAUGUGCUCCUACUGUAGUGUUUUGAGUCUUGCUCUUAGAAGUGAAACUUCUGAAUAUGUGUUGAGCUAAUGUUGAGUUGGUGAGUUAGCUGGUGGGCCAAGGCUGAUGGCAGAGUCUCGUAACGUGUCAUAAAAAGCAAACAGCUAGAACAGCAGAUGAGCGAGAGUGAUUUUGACUUCAAUGAAAUGUCUCGAAACAAGACUGGAAGGCAAACACCUAACAAACUCACCCACCUGCCCACUCACAAAAUACACAUUGACAAGGACUAGAAAUGACAAUGUGCUGAAAUCAAGCUCUCUUGUUCAGCAGAGCAGCCAGCCACUGGGUGAAAACCACACAGUGGAAUAUCUACAAGGGAUAUUCAAUAAGAGACAGAAAAGGAGCUGUACUGGGACCAGUGUCCAGGGGGGCUUUGCGAGUUCUCACUGUGGUCUUUAAUCACUGAAAUCCAGUGAAAUGUGGGGAAGAGCUUCGGUGCUGCAACAGGGACUCAAUCCACAGUGGCACACAAAGACAGAAAUGGGACUUAAUGUCAACACUUGAUAGGGAGGAAGCUUUGAAUUAUUGAAAUUGCAAAAUGUUGGCGGUGCACGGCACGUGAGUGCUAACAGCUCCAUUUUGAAAGCUGUGUAUCAGACGACUGUUGGCUCACACACACACACACACACACACACACACAUCCACACACACAAAUACUCCUCUUUCCAGUGAUUUCAUGUCGUUACAGUAUUUUUUACAGACUCUCAGACUUGUAUUGAUCAUUAAUUCCCAUAUCAAUCAUUGAUUCCUCCAGACAGAUUGGCCAUUAGUAAUAUACACUGGAACAUGUAUUUGUCAGAUCUUGCUUGGCUGAGUAUUUCUUUACACUCUGUAUCCCAUUUAAGCUAAAGAUGUGAAGCAUGGAUUGUUCUUGAUGUCAGUCUGAAUCAGGACAAAGCAGUAAAAAAAAGCAGUCUGUAAAUAUUCAUUUCUUGGUGGAGAGGUAGUUUUUCAUUUUAAUUUUUCCCUUAAUCACUACAGAUAACAUGCAGUAUACUCUUUAGCAUACUUUUUUCAUUAAAGCAAAGAAAGAGCAGCGUUAUCAUGAUCAGAAAGUGGGGUAUGUACAGUACAUCUGGGAUGACACUAAAGGGCUCAAACACAAGUUACAUUUUUACCAGAUUUUUCCUCCACUCUUCUAUUCUAUCUUUUACCGUUGCUGUUUGCUGGACUUGAUAGGGUUGUAAACAUUACAGCCUAUCUGUAUGAUCAAAAAAAAUCUAUAUUUCACUAUAUUAUCAAAGGGGUUAUCGUCAGCUAUGUUUACGACUUUGUAUAGCAUCAGUCUUUAUGCGCAAUGUUUUCACCAACCUGGAGCUGUCUACUUUUGCACACAGAGACAGAGGAGAUGCAGUGUUUGUUGUCCAGUAACGCUCAACAUCUGUUUUAAAAAGGGUCUGCUCCUAUGGUGUGCUUCAUACGUAUGAUUUUUAUCAUAAACCUAUAUUAAAUAUACUUGCUGUUAGAAUUAACGGAAGGAUAUCAAUCACAGUGGAUGUGAAAAAUACUCUGGCUAUUGACCUCUGCUAUGGUCCAGAGCCGAGGGAUUUUUCAUUACCUUUGAAGAAUUAAUAAGCUAUUUGCGAUAUGACUACUAUCCAUUAGCAAGCAUAUGCUUUUAUAGAAUAACUCAUUGAUUAACAAAUUUUGGUGUUAAUCAUGCAUUACAUACAAAAUUAUGAGAUCCAAUUUUCUAUUUUUGAUGUCCAGCCCAGUUUGUGGUAUUUAUGCAUAUGUGUAUAUGGAUACAUAUGGCCCCAACACUGCAUUUAUGCGUGACUAGUAAAGCAUAUUUUCUAUGGUAGAGCCCAUCUCCUGCUAUUGUUUGCACAGUAGCUUAUAAUAUGCACCGUGAUGCCCCAUUGUCCUUUUACUGUUUACUGACUUUAUAAUUUGUGGAAUUAAGUUAUGAAAAAGCUGUAUUUUGGUACUAUUCAAAUAUUGUUAGAAAAAGAGAUAUAGCAGACGUUUUGUCCAAGAAAUAUAUUACCAGAGUGUUGCUAUGAAUUUGUCUGUUUACCUUAUUUUGGGGAGGGAUGAGAGGGAUAUUUUUGUUCUUCCUUUGUUGUUGAUUUGCCAUCUGACAGUAUAUCACCAUUGUUCUAUAUACAACUUUCUUACGUGGCAAUAAAAGAUGACUUCUGUAAAAA